AUUGGAGUAUCGGCAACUUUUCGCUUAUUCUAUACCGGUGUUCAUUACCAUCAUCACCUCUCGAACUCAAGAACAAUGACAGUCAAAAAAGGAACACAAUCACUUCCAGACGGAACAACGAUUCGAUAUGAAAUACAUGGAAGUGAACAUUCUUCUACCGUUCCUAUUGUAUUAAUCAAUGGUUGGACGAGUACAAAAGAAGAUUUUCAACCACUAACAACAGAAUUGGCAAAAAAGAGAACUGUUUUGGUAUAUGAUAGACGUGGAAUCGGAGAAUCAAGAUUAGCAAACAGAAAAGAUGAUGAAGAAGAACCAGAUCAUACACUUGAUUUAGAGGCAAACGAUGUAUUGGACUUGCUGAAAGCACUUGGAGGUCAAUUCCUCAAAGUAAACAUCUUGGGAUGGUCAAUGGGAGGUCAUAUCUUACAAGCAUUGAUGCUGCUACCCGAAGCAAAACCCCAAAAAGAAGGGAUCGAAAUCAAAGGCAUCCAUGUCCAAAAAGCAAUCUUAGCAUCAACCAUGCCAAAAGUACCAAAAGGAGAUUUGAAACAAAGCGAUUUACAACAUUUUCUCUCACAAGCAGGAACGAAUCCUAAAUGGAAAGAUGAAUUAACGGAAUUUUUGAUGUCUUAUCAAUACGAUGAAAAUUGGAUGAAACAAAGUGAAAAUAAAUCAACAUUUGAAGAACGUGUUAAAGUUUCACUUACAACUAGAAGGCCACAAAGUAUUAUCGGUUCACAAAUGUUGGCAAUUCAAGGACGUGAUACACGAGAAGAAUUACACAAAAUUUCGGAAUCAUUACCUGUUCUUAUCAUUCAUGGCAAAUUGGAUAGAAUGGUAAAAUACAGCGAAAGUGAUUAUUUUACAAAGAGUAUCAAAAGUGCAAAACGAUUGGAUAUGCAACCAAAAACUGAUCAAUUCGGUCACUUUUGGUUCGAUUAUUUCGGAAAAGAAUUUUGGGCGAACAAAAUUGAAGAUUACCUCCAAAACGGGCAUUCAUCUGCCAAAGCAAAGCUGUAAAUUAGCU